UGAGCAAUGCGAUUCUUUUCUUCGGAGCUGAAAGCGAGUCAGAUUUUCGAUCCUUGUGUUGAAUAUCAAUUGAUUUUGUGAAUACAUAUACUUUUACUCUGAACUGUAAAGCUAGCCCUGACACGACAUCACUAGAGAUCGUGGUACUACUGCUCCCCCGCCUACAGUGAAGCCUGCGAGAGACGACAUCCGGACCUCAGAUAUGGACCAGGUGCACUCGCGGGCGUUGGAGGCCCUCCAGCCGUUCGUCCAUCUCGCCAAUGCAAAUAGCGCGACCUCUCCACGAUUUGUUGCCAAUAUCAUUACAAAUGCAACGUCCAGUCCACAUACAUACGUCUUCGCUGAGCUCCUGGAGACGCCUACCAUCCAGUCACUGAACUCGCCAGACACGCCCGAUGAGUUCCGUGGAUACCUGAGACUACUGGAGAUCUUUGCCUGGGGAACGUGGCAGGAGUAUCAAUCAACACCUAACCUCCCCCAGCUCAACCAGCAACAAACGCUGAAGCUCCGGCUACUUUCGCUCCUGACUCUCUCCGCCACCCUUAAGACGCUCAGCUACAGCUCACUGAUGGCUGCGCUGUCUAUCACCGACCGGUCUGAGCUGGAAACUCUUGUCACAACCGCCAUCUACUCCUCCCUGAUCACCGCGCGGCUCUCCCCCGCAUCCACCCCGCCAACCGUCAACGUCACUGCCGUUGCACCCCUGCGCGACGUCAACGUGCACUCCCUCCCGACCAUGAUCUCCGUGCUCGCCCACUGGGAAACCCGCUGCAACGACGUUAUCCGCGACGUGGAAGCCGAGAUCAAAUCCAUCACCGCCAAAGCGCAGAAACGACAGGCCGACGAGCGCGCCCGCGCGCAACAGCUCGAAAAGGCCCUUGCCUCUUCGUCCUCCGAGGGUGGUGGUGGUGGUGGUGGUGUCCCCCUGGCCCAGAGGAAAGGAGGGCCACACCCCGCCGGAAACAGUAACAAUAAACGCGAGUUCACUGCCGACGACGACCAGGAUGACGACGGGUACUGGGAUGACGGGGCCGAGGGUGUUGCAGACCAGAUCAUCCUCCCCUCGCGGAUGGACAUCGAUGAGGGCGCGGGCGCCGCCAGAGCCGGCCCCAGUUCCGCCCGGCAUGCGAAGCGAGUCUUGGGGAAGAAAUCAUGAUUUAACGAAUCAAUAAUGUAUUGCAUUGCAUUGUUGUUUGAAUGGAUCUAUCCUUGCUUAAGAAAGGAGUGGGGCGGGCAAAGUAAUGACCGUCAUGACACCAGAUACUAGAAUCCCAAAAAAUGAUUAAAAUGACAUACAGCAUACGAAAAGGCCGUCGUACUCUGCGAGCUACAAGCCAUGACUAAAAGAUACAUAAUGAAUACAUUGAGACAUUAGAUAACCGCUAAGGACAAGAUCCCAAUCAAGUCGGGUGGAUAUCAGAAC